GAAAAACGGCAGGCAGAAGAGACAUACAGAGCACGAAUGCAGGCAGAAGAACAGCUGUUGCCUGUCCUUGCUGUCUAUAUAACCGCCUUUCUCGUCAUGGAUAAUUGCAUCAACUGCAACGAUCUCGAAAAUGGCGGAUUCAUCCUACGACCGGCUAACAGCGCACUCGUUGAGCCACUACACCUCCAAACCCGCCUUCCUGCACGAUGCCCCUGUCGUCGACCAAGACGGCUUUCUCAUCUCCGCCACACGGGCAGGAGGACCUUACCUAUGUUCACUCCCAGCCACCUGCGACGAAAUCUUCCGCUGGGGAAAGAGAGACGAAGCCCCGCGGGUGGAGGUGGACGUCCAAGCCAUCCUGCGCGACAGCAAAAUCAACUACCGAUCCGUGCAAGUCACCGGUCGAGUCUCCAAGGUUGACCCGGAACCUACACCCGUUCCAACCGUGCUCGUGCAUGCCAGAAGACGGUCUAUCCUGGAAGAUUGGUGGGGGUUGUCGCGCAAGAUCCACGCGUAUGUCAAGAAACAGCUCCCAGGAUUCUGUGUCGAAAUUAUCGAGGACGCAGUAGAUAUCGAAUCUUUCUGCUACCCUGUUCUGCUGUCGGACACGAUCGUGGAAAAAUGGCCAACAAUCAGACAGACUAUCCUGGUGGAAUUGCAGAACCAGCUCUGGGACUGGACGGCGCUCGAGUGCUGGCGAUUCGGUCGCGAUGAGAAGAAUAUCCUCAAUAACCCGGUCACUGUGAUUGUGAGUGUGCUCAAGAGAGCGGAUCGAAGUUUCGAUACAAACAUGCAGUGUAUCCGCGAUAUUCUGGCGUAUUUUGACGAGCCAAAUGUUGACGUUCUGUUUAUGAAAGACGAAUCGAAGGACUACGUUUUACUGCCCGAGCAUGCAUUGUCCAGAAACGCUCAGCCGGGAGUCAGUAUAGGGAUCAGGAACUCCUCCGCUGGUUCGUCUACCCUUGGUGGAGUAGUCGAAGUGAGAUUCCCAGGGAGCCCACGAUGGAACCCAUACGGGCUCACAUGCUUCCACUGCAUCUAUCCUCCAGAGGAAAAUCGGGAAAACUUCGCCCUCACCACCGAGGAGGAAGAAUGCUUAUCAAAGUGGAAGCUUUCCCCAGUCGAAUUCAGCGACCCAAUGUCUCAAAAGCUUCUCCAGGUCGAUCACCCGAGCCAAAGAGAUCUAGACGAUACCAUCAGGGAAAGAACCCGGUGUAUUAAAGCCAUCCCAAAUGACGACUUCAAAUAUAUGACCCAUUGUAUAAACGAGGCAGAAAAAGAGUCGAAACAGCCACACUUCACCAAAAGGGCGGUGAACUUCUACAACAGCACCAUGGACAGGAUCGACGCAUUCUCAGCAAAGCUACGCCCGUUUGAGAGAUUACGAUACACGGGCGAGUUCUACCUUGGCGAGGUUAUGGCUGGGAGUGGGCUUCAUCGCACUAAGCCUGCGUCUGAGAUCUAUCGUUCGAGACGGGAUUGGGCGCUUAUUAAGAUGGCCCAGGACAGAGUUGGUGAUAAUAAGCCUUCGGUCGUGUCUGGCUUCAAAUACUGCAUCAGCCCAGACCUUCGCUUCAACUCCGCGUCUCCCAUCCAUCCAGGUCUUACCGACUUUUUAUUCAAAGUCGGAAGAUCCACGGACCUGACUCGUGGGGUGUACAGCCCUCUUGAACAAGUAAGGAUAGCCAGAGAACGCGACGCUGAGGGGGAGAUGGCUUUGAUUGCCACGUUAGAGCAUGCGAUUACCAGUAAAGGGGAGGCCAGAUUUGCCGAGGCUGGAGACUCUGGUUCCUUUAUCUUCACGAGGAAAGGAGACGUGGUUGGGAUGGUGAUGGGUGGGUUUGAGAGGAAGAAUACGGUGUAUUUUACCCCGAUUCAGGAUGUUUUGGAUGAUAUCAGAGAGGUUACGGGGGCAGAAGCUGUUAGGCUCAUGUAGAAUAAGCGGAAUUAUAUGGAACAUGUUCUUUGUAUCAGCAACUCCUUGUAGAAAGUUUCUCUGGCCCGUGAAAUGCGACAGAUUCGGUGUCAUUUCUUUGGCUUCUCUGCUAUAAUUCCAGAGAUAGAGCAUUCUUC